AUGAAAGUGGCGAAUGCCAUUAUACAAGUUUCGAAGCUAUGAAGAUAAAGCCUGGAUCUCCAAGAAAAGAAUGCAGUUUGUCUGUUAGCUUCAAGUAAUGGUCCCGCCGCUGUCGACAUAAAGAGAAGUGUUUUGAAGAAGACAGAUGCAUCUAUGAAAUUUGGGAAAGAUUUCAAGAAACAUAAGGUGCCGGAGUGGACAGAGGCAUACGUCGACUACAACGAACUCAAACACAUAUUACACGGAAUACGCAGUUUUAGGCAAAACAAUCCGAAUCUAGCAAGAGCUUCUUCGAAGAGAUUCUCACUCAAGAACUUCAACAGUUCGAGUCUACAUGAAGCCAAUAUCGACAGUCAUGAUGAUAUUGAGAACCAAGUUAUAGCUGUUCAUACUGUUCUACAAGGGAAUUCCAGAAAGUUAUAUAACACCAGAUUGAUUGUGGCCCCAACAGAAGGAGAAGGUAAUGAGAGAAAUUUUUUCAGAAAACUCGAUGAUGAACUCAACAAGACGAACAACUUUUUUAAGGAUAAGGUGGAAGAAAUGAUCAGAGAAGCUGCUUCACUAAAGAAGCAGAUGGAGACAUUGGUUGCACUAAGGAUCAAAAUAACUAAUCCUAGCUCUCAGGGAUCGAUUCCACUGAAGUCCGUUUCUUCGGAGAUCAGCAAUUUGGAUCCAUCGAAGAUUAUACCUCCAGGCAAAGCUGAAAGUAUUGGGAAAAUGGAUAGGAAACCUGGAGGUGAAAUGAGUUGUAGAAAUCAGCAGCAGCCUGGCUCUUCUGGAGCGGACUUGAGCUUUCAAGAGCAGCAAUCUGAUAGUCGUCCUGUGGUUGAUGUCCUUCACAGAAAUAAUUCGACAGAUAGGGAAAUCACAGAUGAACAUGAAACAACUAAUUUAGAUAUCCUUGAUCGAAUAAAGAUUCAAAAUACAUAUGAUAGUCCAAUGGAGACUAUUAAAGGAGUCUUCACUGACACCAGGGAAAAAGGUCUAAGUUACAACAAGGAAGAACUGAAGGAGGUUGAAGAAAGAAUAAAGACUGCUUUUAUUGAGUUCUAUCAAAAGCUUUGUCUUCUAAAGCAUUACAGUUUCAUGAAUAUCUCCGCCUUUUCGAAGAUCCUCAAGAAAUAUGAUAAGAUAACCUCAAGGCUCGUUGCAAGAUCGUACAUGAAAAUCGUGGAUGACUCUUAUCUUGGAAGCUCUGAUGAGGUUAUAAAUCUGAUGGAAAGAGUUGAGGCAGUCUUCGUUAAGAACUUCUUGAAUUCCAACCGCCAGGAAGGAAUGAAACUACUUAGACCCAAACAGAAGAUUGAGAGGCAUCGAAUAACAUUCUGUUCGGGUUUCUUUUCUGGUUGUUCUGUCGCCCUAGUUGUUGCUGUUAUUCUACUUAUGGAAGAUAGAAAACUGAUGCACAUAAAGAGUGCAACCUUAUACAUAGAAAUUAUCUUCCCUCUCUAUGGCUUCUUUGCGUUUACAGUGCUACACAUGCUUGUAUACGCUGCAAACAUUUAUUUUUGGAGGCGUUACAAAAUCAACUAUCCAUUCAUAUUUGGGUUUAGGAAGGGGACUGAAUUGGGCUACCGAGAAGUGUUUCUACUUAGCAGUGGUCUUGGCGUGAUGGCUCUUGUUACUUUCCUAGUACACCUGCACGUAAAGAUGGACUCAGAUACUCAACAUUUCGAAACAUAUAUUGAACUUCUCCCUUUAGGCUUAAUCAUUGUUGUUCUAGCAAUAAUGUUUUGCCCCUUCAAUUUCAUUUAUCGUUCAAGUCGUUUCUACCUGAUAAAGUGUGUGUUUCGUUGUGUUUGUGCUCCUCUGUAUAAGGUUACACUCCCAGACUUUUUCUUGGCUGACCAACUCACUAGCCAGGUACAGGCUAUAAGGAACUUUGAGUAUUACGUAUGUUUCUACGGUGGUGGUAGACAAUUAGCUCGAAGGUUGACAAGAUGCAGCAGUGAUGAAGUCUAUAAUGCUUUCUAUUUUGUCAUUGCAGUUGUACCAUACUGGUUUCGCUUUCUUCAGUGUGUGCGCAGGUUGUUUGAAGAGAGAGAAUCGGUUCACGUAUACAACGGUCUAAGGUAUUUCACGACGAUUGUUGCUGUCUCAAUCAGGACAGCGUUUGAAUUCAGAAAGAAAACAGUAUGGAAAGUGUUGGCAUUGCUGAGCUCAGCAGUUGCUGCUAUAGCCAACACAUACUGGGAUAUCAUUAUCGACUGGGGGCUUCUGCAGAGGCAGUCCAAGAACCCGUUUCUCAGAGAUAAACUCAUCAUCCCUCAUAAAAACCUCUACUUUGUGGCAAUAGUUUUGGAUAUUUUUCUCAGAUUCGCUUGGCUGCAGCUUGUCUUGAUUCUAGACGUGCAUUCGCUACAUGGGAAGACGGUGUCAACAAUAUUUUCAUGCCUAGAAAUUCUGCGGCGCGGGUUAUGGAACUUCUUUAGGUUGGAGAAUGAGCACUUGAAUAAUGUAGGGAAAUUCCGAGCUUUCAAGUCAGUGCCACUCCCUUUUACUUACUAUGAAGAUGAGGAUGAUAAUGAAAAAGAUGAAAAAGACGAGUAGAUUUUGAAGCUUACUUAGAAAUUCUAUGAAUUUUGAGCAGGAUUUUGUUUUUAUGAUUUUGCUGCGGCUAUAGCCUAAAUUAUGAGCUUCUUCUCUUGGGGAAGAGUUUUAUAAUAAAAUGUAACUGAUGAAUUAAUUAAUGCAUCUCUUCAAUGUGUUGUAAUCAUACAUGUAUCUACUACUCCAUAUCACUACACUAUCCAAUAAAACUAUGUGU